AGUCGUACCCAAUCGCAAGUCGCCUGCGAUCCGAUCGCAACCGGUACGGCGAUCCAAAUCGCGAUGGUACGGCGCUCUAAUUUGCGAUGGUACGGCGAUCCAGAUGCCCAGGUACGUCGCACCAAGUCGGAGAAAGUGGAGUACCAAUCGCCGGCGGUCCAGCGAUCCAAUCGCGACUUCCUCUCUUCCGCGACCUUCCCUCUUCCAAUUCGCGAUUGUUCUCUCGCGCUGUCUUUGGUUGGAACUGGACUGGACUUGAGUUUUAUGACUCUGGAUAUUCGUAAAGAUGUUUUUGUUGGAUUGUUUCCCUAUUGCCAUGUGAACCAGAUUAGGAAGAUGAACAAACUGGUGGUCGGCAUUCAUGAAAGAGUGUGAUGAACUUUGGGUUCACUGGUCUUGCUAGAUGUUCUGAAAGCAGAAAACUCUCUGAGUAUGUCAAAGACCAAGGUUUACAUCCAUCAACUGUUUGAUGAAUUGUUAGAGGAGGAAAAUAGAACAAUGAAAGAGGACAAGGUAUCAGUUGUUCAAUGAAUUACUUGAGAAAGAAAAUGGAAGCUGUGGAAGAGGACAAAAUAGCAAGUUGGCAAUGCUUUAGUAUGAGCUAAGUGAAGAUGAUUUUGUAGAGGAUCUUUUACGGAUAUUCAAGAGCUCAUGUCCAAAAAGGAAAAGACAAGCAACUAGAGAUGUUACAUUCCAAGCUAUGAAAGGUAAGAGAAAAGAGAAAGCCACUUAAAAAAGAACAAUAACUUUAAAAGCAAGUAGUAAAAAGAAGUGACCCUU